AUGAAGAUCAUUGGGUCAUUCCUCGGCAAUCAAGCAAGAAAAUUUGCUAAUCAUUUCCAACGCUUUACUUCACCAUAUGGAACCCUCGCAUUUACCAGCGAUACAAGGAGCUUGACAUGUGCCCUGGUCAUUGAUAAUCUGCUUGGCGCAGUAUCUCUGCCCAAUGUUGCAAAUUCCGACGACUCCGGCAGCGGUAUUGUUGAAUUCCAUGUUUAA